CUAGAGAUGUGAUCACUUGCAUUUUGAUUUUCACUUUUACGAAACAAUUUGUUGUGCGGAGUCACAACAUCAAACAAUAUUGUUAUUGUUGUAAAAAAAACAAUAUUGUUAUUGUUGUAAAAAAUAUAAUAAUGUGUCACGUAUAUGACAUGCAGUUGGCAUAAGUUAAUAGUGUAACAUAUCAAGUAUGGCAAACCAAACACUCCUGACACGUGUAUUGUACCGCGUGUUUUGAUACCAUAAUAACACGCGUCCAUUAUUCAAAUAUAGAGAAUAUUGUCAAAGUCACACAAGAGCAAUCAAAGCAUUCAAUUUUAGUAUAUGCUAGAGUAGUAAAUGGGGUGAAUUUGAAUGGGAAUUUAUCAUUCGCCUUUAUAGAUGUGAAUCAUAUAUUCGAUUCAUUCAAAGCAUGCACAUGACAUUGAUAUGAAUAAUCUAAAUUGAUAUGUUGUGAAGAGACUCUAUUCAUGAUUUGAAUUACAUUGUUUAUAUACAUGGUUGUGGUUGAGAUCAUGAGAAGUGCGGCACCACAUAUCCUUUGAUUCUUUAACUCCCUUUCUUGAGCACAUAAUGUAAACAUGUUUCGGUGGAGGUUUAUAACGAUAUCCUCACUCACGUAAGGUCUUUAUUCGUUUAGAUGGUGUUGAGUUUGUGGUUUCGUAAUAUAGGGUUUAAAUUUAUGAGGGAAUAUGAUCUGAUUACUUAUUCAAUGAUUCAGGACACUACAAUGAGGGAUAAUGUGUUGCAAGGGCUGCUCUGUUGCAUAUGUCCCGCGAGUCAUGAAGGAAACCAUCGAUCAAUGAAUAUGUUUGUUUAUUGAAAUGGUACUUGUCUGAUUUCACCGAUUAUCAUAUGUGUGUUUUAAACUAUCGAUUAAUUCGUGUUCAUAUGCAUGUUUUAAAAUACGUAAAAUAUCAUAUUCCUACAAAAUAUGUGGAGAUGACACGUGGGGUUAAUGAUGUUGCUAUUGUAUAUAUAUAAUAUAUGUUGACGAUGCUAUUAAUUAAUGAAUGAAACUCACUUCCCUUUUCUUUACUUUCGUGGAAAGAGAAUAAAGAGGGCACAGAAUGGGUUUGUUUAUGCUUUGACUUUUCUAUUCCAUGGUCAUGGAGGAGAAAGGAAGGAAAAUAAAAGAAACGGAAAGAGGGGAAAAGAAGGAAAGGAAGUGAUGGCCUUUUUUGCUUGUAGAAAAGAAAAGUCCUGUGAAUGACCAAUGGACAGUAAUCAUUCUUUUGAUUCCAGCGUGAUAAAUACUGUAUCCCCUCCUUCGCCGUCACUCGUGUCUUAAACUUGUAACUUGUAAGAAAAUCAAAAACUUUGUUGGAAAGUUAUUAGGUUAUGAAAGAUUGGGUAAAUGACACAAAAAUGAUUUUUUUUAAUUACCAUCAAUAUGCAGCGGCGGAUCUAGAACACAGAAGAGCACUGCGCCGCAUUUCAUUAGAAAAUUAGAAACCCACGGGUAUGGGGAUGAGUUUGCCAAACAUUCCCCACAUGGGUAUGGGGCGGGUAUGAGUUUGGAUAUUUAAAGAUGGAGAUGGAGAUGAUUUAGACAAACCCGCCCCAUUGCCAUCCCUAGAUGGGAGGUGUCUUGUUCCCCGAUCGGUGGAGGUUCAGUCAUCUGCAAUACCUACUUUUGGUAGAUGAUUAGCGCAGAGCGGGGAGGUUUGCUUGGGGAGCAGCUGUUCUAUCCUACCUGUUCCGUGAAAUGGGUAGAUCGGCGCUGCAGAUGACAACAUCUUCUUCACUGGAUGGUGACUUUGGUGGAUGGUCCGCCUUGCUGAUGAUCUUGACGUGGGAGCGAUUUCCUCAUACAGCACCACUACAUAUAGAGACGGGUGCGAGAUUACCCAGGACGCAGUGCCACGUGGCCUUCGAUGGCUUCCGGCCCACACCCGUCAGCAUGGAGAUCAGUUCUAUAUGUACAAGGUGUGGUUUGACGAGUGCACGACAUUCGUGGUUAGUAUAUAACAUUUCGUUUUAUAGAAUAGUUUUCAUUGAUUUGUUAUAAAUUUAGGAGUAAUUAUGUGACCAAUCCUUCUGUGCAGGCGUCCGUACUUUGAUAGAGGUCAGGACUACAACGGUAGUGUGAUCCAGUCCGACACGUGAGCAGCAUGACAUACCUCGUCCAGUGAGGUACUCAGAUCGUCAGCCACUGCAACCAGUCAGACCUACUUUUACCUUCCAGUUCCACCAGCCUUCUCAGCCACAGUUUCCGUCGGGCGCGUUUACCGGAUUUCAGGCAGGCACCAGUUAUAGCUCUCAGUUUCAGCCAUAGGAAGAUAGUUUUCAUACACCGCAACAUGCUACGAUGGGAGGCGGACACAUGAGAUCAGGUAGUGAUACCGUGCCAGAUUUGGACCCAGAUGAGUGGAAGCGUCUAGAUGGUGAUAUGGUUUUCCGGACAUCGAUGUGGGCAUAUGAGCAGCAGCGACGAGAGGGUGCACCGGAUGAGCAGGUUCAGUCUCAGGGGGAUGAGAUGUUUGGCACACAGGAUCAGAAUGAUGUGGAGGAGGGAGAUGAUCAGUUGCCUCCACGGAACAGGAGGCCAGCGAGGUGUGGUACUGGCGGCCACCUACUGGCACAACACGGUGGUCGUCGUAGGAUUCUCUUUACCACCGAUGUUGGCAUUUUUCUCUUUACCACCGAUGUUGGCAUUUUUCUCUUUACCACCCGCAAGAAUGUCUGCAAAUAAUCGUAGGAUUCUUCCCAAUUCCCAUGCAACUUCUCCAAUGCUCUUUGUUUCCCAUACCAAGCCUUUUUGUAAGUAACUUGCGUAUUAAACUUAUCUUUCAACU